GCUGCUGCUGGCGCUGCUGCUGCUGGCCGCCUCUGCGGCCGAUGCCGCCGGCCGCGAGGGCCGAGCGGCGCGCAGGCGCUCCAAGAAGGAACCCCGCGCGGCGGUCGUGGUGGACCAGACGGCGGAGCCCUCCUGGCGGCUGCCCGACACCGUCUUCGAGACGGCGGGCACCAACUACUUCACGGCCAGCCACGGCCUGGUGCAGACGCAUCCGGCGCGCGGGCCCGGGGCCGCCGCCGGCCUGCGCACCAUCGACUUCGGCAGCCGCGCGCUCAGCGAGCUGCGGCGCAACCCGUCGCUGUCGGCGCCAGACGAGUGCGCGCGCGCCUGCCGCGAGGACGAGCCGCCGCGCAUCUGCUACUACCACUUCACGCUGGAGCUCUACAACGUGCUGGGCGCCGCCUGCCAGGUGUGCACGCCCAACGCGACCAACACGGUGUGGUCGCACUGCCAGUGCGUGCUGGCCGACGGCGUCGAGCGAGGCAUCCUCACCGUCAACAGGAUGCUGCCGGGACCCAGCAUACAGGUGUGCGAGAACGACAAGGUGGUGAUCGACGUGGAGAACGCGAUGGACGGCCAGGAGGUGACGAUCCACUGGCACGGCGUGUGGCAGCGCGGCUCGCAGUACUCCGACGGCGUGCCCUUCGUCACGCAGUGCCCCAUCCAGCAGGGCAACACCUUCCGCUACCAGUUCACCGCCAGCAACGCGGGCACGCACUUCUGGCACGCCCACACAGGGCUGCAGAAGCUGGACGGCCUGUACGGCAGCAUCGUGGUGAGGCAGCCGCCGUCGCAGGACCCCAACAGCCACCUGUACGACUACGACCUGACCACGCACGUGGUGCUCAUCAGCGACUGGAUGCACGAGUCCGCCAACGAGCGCUUCCCCGGCCGGCUGGCCGUCAACCCCGGCCAGGAGCCGGACAACGUGCUCAUCAACGGCAGGGGGCAGUUCCAGGACCCCAACACGGGCUUCGUGACGAACACGCCGCUGGAGAUCUUCACGAUGACGCCGGGCCGCCGCUACCGCUUCCGCCUCAUCAACUCGUUCGCCACAGUCUGCCCGGCGCAGUUCACCAUCGAGGGCCACCCGCUCGUCAUCAUCGCCACCGACGGAGAACCUGUGCAGCCCGUGGCUGUCAACACCAUCAUAUCCUUCUCAGGUGAGCGGUACGACUUCGUGAUCACGGCGGACCAGCCGGUGGGCGCCUACUGGAUCCAGGUGCGCGGCCUGGGAGAGUGCGGCAACCGGCGCGUGCAGCAGCUCGGAGUCCUGCGGUACGCGCGAGGGCCCUACGAGCCGCUCACCCAGAGGCCCACCUACGACGUGGGGCUGCCGCAGGGCGUGGUGCUGAACCCGCUGGACGCGAUCUGCAACACGGACCGCCAGGACGCCGUGUGCAUCAACCAGCUGCGCAACGCGCGCCACGUGGACCGCGGCAUCCUGCAGGAGCGGCCCGACGUCAAGAUCUUCCUGCCCUUCCGCUUCCUCUUCUACAGGCCCGAGGAGCUCUUCGUGCCGCACGUCUACAACAGGUACCUCGUGGCACCCAACGGCGACCACGUGAUCAGCCUGGUGGACGAGAUCUCGUUCCAGUUCCCGCCGUCGCCGCCGCUGUCGCAGAUCGACGACAUCCCGCCCGAGCAGUUCUGCAACGGCGACAACAGGCCGGCUGACUGCGGCGCCAACUGCAUGUGCACGCACAAGGUGGACGUCCCGCUCAACGCCAUCGUCGAGGUGGUGCUCGUCGACGAAGUCCAGCAGCCCAACCUCAGCCACCCGUUCCACCUGCACGGGUACGCCUUCAACGUGAUCGGUAUGGGCCGCUCGCCGGACCGCAACGUCAAGAAGAUCAACCUGAAGCACGCGCUAGACUUGGACAGGCGCGGUCUGCUGCACCGUCAGUUCAACCACCCACCCGCUAAGGACACCAUCGCAGUGCCCAACAACGGAUACGUCGUCUUCAGGUUCCGCGCCGACAACCCCGGCUACUGGCUGUUCCACUGCCACUUCCUGUUCCACAUCGUCAUCGGCAUGAACCUGAUCGUGCACGUGGGCACGCACGCCGACCUGCCGCCGGUGCCCGCCGGGUUCCCGCGCUGCGGCGACUUCCUGCCGCCCAUCGAGCUGCACUGAGCAGCCCACGCCUCGCCUCGCCUCGCCUCCGGCCAUCAACAGCGCGCAAAGGCGGUCGCCACAGCGAGCUCGCUCCUUGCCUAAUCCUGCAUCGCUGUAAGGCGUCCAAAAAAGUUCCUCCACACUGGAUUUCUCGGAAAAAGAACAGUUAUAAAAAGUAACAAAUACGGCCUGACAGAAAGCUCCUAAGACACCCCCACCAGCAAAUGUGCUUCCAUUGUGAAUCUAGCAGUGACAGAAUCCAGCGGAAGAUGAACCUAAGGAGACGUCCAGCUUGUACUUCUCAGACAUCGUCCUUUCAGCUAGCUAUACAGCGAAUCGGGCAUAGGUACGAUAGCGCCAUGUCAUAUGAUGCUCACUGUAGUCUACCGUAAUAACGUGGACAUUUUCGCUAAUGACCUUAUCAUUAGACUUCACUUUAGUCUGAAGUAAAAUGAUACUACUGUAAUUGAGAGGCACAAACUUUGUUAUACUAAAAGCUGUAAACCGAAGUGGCCGCUUGGUCAGCAUUUAUCAAAAUGCCCAGCGAAACAUAGCUCACUGCAUCUACUGACGUAGUAGUGCGUUCCACUUUGGAAGUGUCUCCAUUUGGUUCCAACCGACCAUUACAGCACAGAGAAACAUCUUUACAAAGUGCUUUUUGAGGGAAAGUCGGUGCUCUGUCCACAAUCAGUUCCACAACUGAAGAGAAACCCAAUAGACCACACAUCCUUCGUCCCGAUUGAGGCACUUUUUUCGAACUGGUGGGGAUCUAAUUAAUGUUUUGAUAGUGAAACUGCCUUCAACCCUUCCUCUUGCCUGAUACUCGGAUAUCUAUCCAGGUGAUGUGAAUUUUUUUAGGCACCUUACCGAAAACGAGUUGUUCCCUCGCCCCCAUUCAUUCUCUGAGAGGAUGCGACAUACAAGUUCCUGUUUUCCAGCGACCAGAAAGCACCCGCUUUGUGGAGGUUUCCCGUCACUGGAAUCUGAGCGAAAAAAUAUUCCGCGAUUCACCCUCUCGACAUGAACGUCGUCCCUCGCCCGACCCUUCAUCCCCGCAUCGCCUCCCUCCCCCACCCCCCUCUCACACUCCCGCUAGGCCCGCCGCUUGCCGCCGGCUGUGACCGACGUCCAAAGAUUCACCUGCCAUCACCGCUCCCACCACCCUCUCUCACUCGUUUGCAGAACACGAUCCUUCCUUCCUGUCUCGACGUCUGACCCAGACGUGUCAUUUGGCGCAGACAGCAGCGGCGCCCACCCGGCGCAGGCUUCUGUUUCCCCCACUCCCAGAGCCUCCCACUGUCAGCGCCAGAUACUCACGUCCCCCGAGUUGCAUACAGCACACGUUCUUCAUUGUCAACUACGAAACAAAGUUUCAUGUCGUGACAAAAACAUCGCACCAGCUUUUCAGAACAGCUUGUGACUAUUUCUCGGUGACCACAUCUCGAGAGCGUAAGACACUGCGCAUUCGAAACACUACUACUGUACCAUUUUAAUGACUCUGGAGCACUGUACAUAAAAGGCUGGUGCGAAAAUCCGCGACUUAUGACACCAGUACCAUAUUUUUAACUGUAUUUAUUGAGCUUUAGUAUUUAUGUGAAUUUAAAUAUGUUAACACCGUUCAUUUAGUACCAGUAAUGGAAGAGAAAUUAAACUCUCAUUAAUGUAAACAAAGCUAGAAUGGUACGUGCAUAAGACAAUAUUCACGGUUGUACAUAUCAUAAAUACUACGUGUUAUUUUCUGUUUGUUGUUAAUGAUUGAUUUUAUAGCUAAAUGUGAUGCACCAACGUCCUAAAUAUGAAAAGUUACCGUGAAGCACACUUGAAGAUCACGCAACGGUCAUCCAGUUUCCAGAUGUACACGAAAUUUGUUCAUGUCAUGUACUAAUUCUGUUAAUAACAUACAUAAUUUUUCACUUUUUGGGUUCCUGCAGACGCGCCGUUGCGAAGAAUACGUAACUUGGUUAUCUUACGUUUUACUUGUUACUUGUUCGCGGCACCAUAUCAUUAAUUGUUAAAACGUAAGAUACACUCAAGUUAUUCCAUUCUUUUUAGUUAGUAAAAACUGUAUCAGUAUUUGAAGUGCUUGCCCUGUGCAUAUAUGUAAGUACACGAUAAUUUUUUCAGUUAAUAAAGUUGUUGAAAUGUUUGCAAUUUA